UGCGACAUACACUUUAUGCAACUCUUAUAUUUCCAACACAAAUGUAUUACUUUACAGGUUACAUUCCGAACACGCAUCUAUCAUUGCAAUAUAAAUAGUCAAGGAGUUAUCUGCUUGGACAUAUUAAAGGACAAUUGGUCCCCUGCGUUGACAAUUUCAAAAGUCUUAUUGUCAAUAUGUUCCCUUUUAACAGACUGCAAUCCAGCUGAUCCACUGGUAGGUAGUAUAGCCACGCAAUACCUACAAAAUAGAGAAGAACACGAUCGCAUAGCGCGGCUUUGGACCAAACGCUAUGCUACAUGAGCAUAUUCUUAAUUUGUAUUAAACUCCUAUUAGUCUCAUGCCAACUUAUGAUCAUUGCCGCUCUCAUACAACUUGUCUCAUAUGUAGCCUGUACACAUCUUUAUCUAUGAUCAUGUUGGUCGGAUAAACAUAAAGUGAGCGAAGACCGUUUGAGAUCAGCUCAAACAUGAUUGUGAUGUGCUUUUAUGUAGAGUAUGUAAUGUGCCUAAGACGGAUGAAUGUGCGUGUAAGUGUUUAAACAGUGUGCUAGGGCAUAACGAGACAGAGGAGUUUUUUCACUUAAAAAGUUACAAUGAGAUAGUAUUUAAAUGAAUUGUAUUGUUCACAAACAAUACCACCCACAAUGCCGCUAAUGUUUUUAGAAUAGGAGAUAACAUGAACAAUAUUGGUAAUCUAAACUGUAAGUAAUUAAUAGAUCUAUAUGCGAUAAAAACGUAAGUGUAGAGGCCCAUUUUUCCAUAAUUAAACUCCCAUAUUUUUAUAUUGAAUUGUCUUAAAUUUAAAUUAUUAUGUUCGCACAUGUGACGCCUAACUCAAGAUGUAAGGCUAACAGCAUGGAACUAUAAUUUAGCUACUGCAAAACUACCGCAUUCAAUUUUGUGUUCAUAAUACAGUAAUUGUAACGUUCUGCACGAGAGAAGCAGACGUCAUGCUUGCGCUAGCAGACAUAAUUAAAUUGUCUGGGCCCACCCGCAAAAAUAUAUAUUGUAACUGUAAAUAAAUAUUAUUUACUGCAUA